AUGGUUCUAAGUAACACCGUCUUCCAGAUCUUUCUCAUAUUCCAGUUUUUUCUUGGUGUCAUAGGGAACUCAUUACUGUUAAUGUUAUAUAUAUACAGUUUCUUCCUCAGGCCUCAUUCCAAAAAGUUGAUAGAUUCAGUUUUAACGCACCUUACAAUCGUUAAUAUGUUGAUGAUCAUAUCCACAUUGAUAAAAGAUAUCAUGUUAUCCUUUGGAGUACCCAAUUUUCUGGAUGAUGUUGGUUGUAAGGCAGUUUUGUUUUCAUUCAGAGUCAGCUGGGGUCUGUCCAUCUGCACCACCUCUGUUCUAAGCACAUUCCAAGUCAUCACCAUCACUCCCAGCAGUUCUAAGUGGGCCUCCUGGCUUAAGCCCCGACUCUCUACAUGGUUUCUUUCUUCCUUACUUUGCUCCUGGCCUAUUAACCUACUUAUCUAUGUGUAUAUGGUUGAAAUGGUAAUAGCCCAAACCAAUAAAACUCAUGUUGGCUAUGGAUAUUCAGAUGGUUACUGUCAAAACAAGCACUUUGGGAACCACAACUCAGGGUCAUUUAAUACCAUUAUUAUCAUUCACGAUCUCUUCUUUGUGGCCAUCAUGAUGUGGGCCAGCCUCUACAUGGUGAUUUUCCUCUACAGACACCGCAAGAGAGCCCAGCAUCUCCACAGCCCAAGCCUUUCCUCCCAGCCAUCUCCUGAGCGCAAGGCCAUUCACAGCAUCCUGUCUCUGGUGAGCUGCUUUGUGUUAAUUUAUUGGUUGAACAACUCCAUCACCCUUUAUGGGUUUUAUACAAAAGAAAAAAUUCCAAGAUUGCAGUUGAUUAAUACAAUUUUUACAGCAUGCUACCCAACCAUCUGCACUUUUUUACUCAUAAAGAAUAAUAAAGUUAUUUUGCAAUUCAUUUCUUCAUUUUCUGAGAGCCUGAGUGUGAGCCCCAGCACCCAGGUAAAGACCAAGCCACUGGAGCUUGUGUUUUAG